AUGUUUAUAUGCCCAGAGAAUGGAAAACAAAUAGCAUGAGUGUGAACUCUUAAUACAGAAAGGCAAAUAUGACUGGAUAUUGUAACUGAAACUUGGUGGGAUGACUGUCAUGGCUGGAAUUCAGCAAUUGAAGGAUGUAACUUGUUCAAGAAGAACAAAGGGGACAGAAUGCAAAGUGGAGCUACACUAUAUGUUGAAGAUACAUAUCCAUGCAAAGAUAUACAGGAAGAUGAGUUUAAUAGCUGCAUUGGGAGCAUCUGGAUUAAAAUAAAUGGAGCAAAGAAUAAAAGGAACAUGGUGGUCAAAAUCUACUCUGGAGCAAAUUAUAAAGCUGCCAGACAACAAGUACUUUGAAAACAAUCCAGUAAUUACUGCACUGAUUUGUCAAAAACAAAUAAAUCCUGCCAGACUAAUCUCAUAUUUUGGUUGAGUAGUCUGCCUUGCAGACUGUGGGAAUGCUGUGGACAUAAUAUACCUUGACUUCCCCAAAGCUUUUGAUAAAGUGCUCCAUGAUAUCCUGAUUAGCAAACCAAAAGUGUACUAGAUGAAACAACUAUCAGGUAUAUCAACAGUUGGCUACAGAAUCAGACUGAAAGAGUGUUUAUCAGUGCUGCCUUCUCAAACUAAAAAGAGGAACUUAAUUAAAAUGCUGCUAUCAAUAGGAAUGUUAAUGCUUUCUGCCACUCAGAUUUACACCAUUCUCACAGUUCAGCUGUUUGCUUUCUUAAAUCUGUUGCCUGUGGAAGCAGACAUCUUAGCAUUUAAUUUUGAAAAUGCAACACAAACCUUUGAUGACCUGCCAGCAAGAUUUGGCUACAGACUGCCAGCAGAAGGCUUGAAGGGUUUUCUGAUAAAUUCAAAACCUGAGAAUGCAUGUGAACCGAUAACCCCUCCACCAUUGAGGGACAAUUCCUCCCAUGAAUUCAUUGUAUUAAUCAGAAGACUUGAUUGCAACUUUGAUGUAAAGGUUUUGAAUGCACAAAGAGCUGGCUAUAAGGCAGCCAUAGUUCACAAUGUUGAUUCUGAUGAGCUCAUUAGCAUGGGAUCUCAAGACAGUAAGUACAGGUAUUUUGGUAUUUUAAAGAAGAUUGAUAUUCCAUCUGUCUUUAUUGGUGAAUCUUCCGCUAAGUCUCUUAAAGAAGAAUUCACCUACGAGAAAGGAGGCCAUAUUUUGUUAAUCCCAGAAUUCAACCUUCCUUUGGAGUACUAUCUAAUCCCAUUCCUAAUUAUUGUGGGAAUCUGCCUUAUCCUUAUAGUUAUUUUUAUGAUCACAAAAUUUGUCCAGGACAGGCACAGAGCAAGAAGGAAUAGGCUUCAGAAAGAUCAGCUUAAGAAGCUUCCAGUACAUAAGUUCAAGAAAGGAGAUGAGUAUGAUGUUUGUGCCAUUUGUCUGGAUGAAUAUGAGGAUGGAGACAAACUCAGAAUCCUCCCUUGUUCUCAUGCAUACCACUGCAAAUGUGUGGAUCCUUGGCUGACUAAGACCAAGAAAACAUGCCCUGUCUGUAAACAGAAAGUGGUUCCUUCCCAGGAAGAUUCAGAUUCUGAAACAGACAGUAGUCAGGAAGAAAAUGAAGUCUCCGAGAACACACCAUUGCUUCGACCUCUUGCUUCAGUUAGCACCCAAUCCUUUGGGGCAUUGUCAGAGUCUUACUCUCAUCCAAACAUGACAGAAUCUUCAGAUUAUGAGGAUGAAGAUGAUGACAAUGAAGAAAUUGACAGUAGUGAUGCAGAUAAUGAAAUGACUGAAGAGUGUGUAGUAGUCCAACUACAACCCAAUGAAGAACAGGAUUACAGAGUGGCAAAUACAGUCUGAAACAAGUGGUAUUAUAUGAACUGCUUUGGCCAGAGAGCUCUACUCUUAUGUACAUGUACAUAGGGGAAGCACAUUGUGACCCUCCUGAUGCUUCGUUAGAAGCAGCUGUUCAUAAUAGUGUUCUAUAUGUUCUAUAUUGUUUAAUCUCAUUACAAGUUUCUUUUUGGUUGUUUGUAUUUGUCUUUUGAAGACAGGCAUUUUAACUGGACUUCAGAAUUAUAACACCCCCCAUCACUAGAGAUAAUGCACAUAGAAACAGAGAUGCUACUUCAGCAUCUUGGUAAAAGGAAGUCUUGCCAAGAAAGUAAACAUUUUUCCUGGUUACAGGUAGAGCAUAGGUUAUAUAGAGAUGGUUAUUUAUUUACACAUAUGGUAGUACUACCCUACAAAGCCGGCCAAAAAGUAUAUAGGUGUGUAUCUGUGAGGGGUUUCCUAGAACAGCCAGCACCAUUGAAAAAACAAGGUAGACCUGUUUAGUAUUCAUCAACCAAGAGCAUUACCAGCAGUGGAGGGGAACAUGAGCUUUGAGUGCUUUAGCAAAGCUAUUUGGCUGCCUUUUCUAUUAUCCUACUGUGCUUACAUGAGCAGGUAAAGUGGUGAAGAAAGUUUCACUUCACUUUGGCUUAAACAGCUCUUGAUGAAAAUGUUAGGAGAAUGUAUUCAUUGGCACACCUUGCUCACAGCUGUUCAGUUCAUUUCUUUAAGACAGGUAUGGGGACCAAUGCAGAAAAGCAAAAUCAAGCCAUGUCACAUAGAAGAGCACUGACUAUUGUGUGUGCUAUUGAUUCACAAAUGAGCUAUACCUCUUACUACAGAGCAUUUGAAGAUGCAUUAGUCUGCUAAAACUAUGCACAUAGAGAAAUCAAACUAAGUAUUGGAUUUGAAAAUUAAUGCUUAUAAAUAUCUAUUUACAGUAUAUCAUGAAAAAGCUAAAUUAUGUAAAAUUGUAACUAUAUAGAAAUUAGCCACAGUUCUGUAUAACUAAACUGCAGGUUUUGUUUUUUUAAUAUGGCCUUGUCCAGGGAAGUUAGAACGGAGGAUAAUAAAUAUGGUUUUCCACUUUAA